CCUGCCUGCACCAUGUGUCUGACACCAAACCUUUCUGUACUGCCUAGGCAAAAUUUCCAAUUACUCAGCGAAACCUUGCUCUCUGCUGCUGUGGUCAAUGUAAAGCUGAGGAAGGUAUACGUUUUUACCAGAAUUUGACACACUUCCAGAUUGUGCACAACACAAACAGAAAUAAUAGGCUGAUGCAGAAAUGAUGAAGCAGAGACAGUCAUCAUGUAUAUGCAAGUGCAUGUACUACAUCUUCAAGGACAGGUUCAAAGUCAGUACAUGGCUAGGAAAUAGUACUACUAACACUGCCCCUGCAGACUUGCAUAGAUGCAUUAUAACACUACUCUUAAUUACAGGAUCACAUUCUACUUUUUGUAGAGUCCAUUCCAAGCUCCUGACACAGACAGUCAGAACAACUUUUGGCUUUAAUACCUCCAGCACAGCUACUGACUCAUUGCCUGUAAUUGCUAUUUUGGGAGAAGGGACAAAACUAAAUACUCUGACAUAUUUUGAAUGAGAUUUGCAUAUCUUGUUUUCUUGCAAUCCCUUUCAAAGGCAUAUGGGCCUAAGGCAUUAGAAUCUAAUUUACAAAUCUGUACUGCAGUCCUUCACCAACUGCACCCCAUACAUUGGCUCCCAGUACAGCUGUGAUGCUGUUACCGAAAGCACAGAUUAGCUAGCAGGCACCAGCGCUGAAAGAAGCACCAAACACUGUACUUUUCAGUAGCAGUUGAGUGCUGUGGUCCUUACCCAUCACAUAAUUCAGAGAAAUCAGCAUAGGAUUCCCUAUGAAGACAUGCAUAAUGGCCCCAUGUGUGGGGAAAGAGUGACACUGACAUGCCUCACACUAGUGCUGACAGACUGGUAUGGGAGCAAAACAGAUGUGACAUGAAAGUCAGGACCUACAUGUGCAGGUUGUUUGUAAUUUUAUAACCUUGCUUUUGGUAUUUGUCUUCAUUCUCAGCUCAAUACCACAUAGUGGACUAGGAGCCAUUCUGCACAGCAACACUACUUCUGCUAUUUUUCUACUUUUCUCCUUUCAGACAAGGAUGUCAACGUUAUUUACAGAAGUUACUACUUUCUGCAGAUAUUUGCUUUUAUUGGCCCUUAAUAAGCGUGUUAAUAAAUUAUUUUUACCUUAUUGCUCUCUUUUUUUUUUUUCUUUUUUUAGGUUUUCAAAUGGCUGAUCCUUUUCUGUAUCAUACUGGAGACAGAUCUGGAUAUGGGUGCCUUGGACAUGAAGUACAAAUUGAGCACAUCAAAGCAUAUGUCUGUAGACCAUCUUUUUUCACAGACAAAGCUGUGAUUGUGAUUCAUGACAUAUUUGGAUGGAUGUUCCCAGACAUUAGAUACAUAGUUGAUUUGAUUGCAGGUCAUGGAUACAUAACUAUCUGCCCAGACUUCUUCAAAGGGACAGACCCCUGGAAAACUACUGAUCACUGGGCUGACUUUGCUGACUGGAUGAAACACCAUGAUCCUACGAAAGUAGACAAGGAAGCUGAUGUUGUCUUGAAGUAUCUAAAGGAACAAUGCGAUGCAAAGAAGAUUGGUAUCGUUGGGUUUUCCUGGGGUGGAAUGGCAGUACAUCACUUGAUGCUGAAAAAUCCUCAAUUAACCGCUGGGGUUUCCCUCUAUGGAAUAAUUAGGGACUCUGAAGAAAGAUACAAUUUACUAAAUCCCACAUUUUUCAUUUUUGGUGAGAAAGACCACACUAUUUCUUAUGAUCAGAUAACCUUAUUGGAGGAGAAGCUGAAACAGUACUGUAAGGUUGAAUAUAAAAUUAAAGUUUAUCCUGGACAAGUUCAUGGUUUUGCACAAUUGAAGCCAGAAGAUAUGAAACCUGCUGACAAACCUUAUAUUGAAGAAGCUAGAAAGGAUAUGAUUGACUGGAUCAAAAUGUUUGUUUGACAAAAGCAUGAAGUAACACUAGGCAUCAAGAUCAGUGACUUAAUUUGAGAGAAGAAAACAGUCAAGGGAAAACUAUUUGGGUUUGAAAAUUGUUAUAAACAAAAUUAGGAACAUUUUAAUUUAUAAUUCUUAAUUAUUUUUUUUACAAGUUUUAUACAAGACUGUGAAAUCAAAGUUGGACUAAAGGACAAUUAGGAAUUAAAAACUUGCUUGAACUUACCUUGUUUUGCAUUUGCCUCAUUAUUCUGCUUUAUGACAUCAAUCAUAACGAUACUUUUUUAUCCCUUUGUCUUUGCUAGUGAGCAUGACUUCAUUGUGACUUUACCCAAGUAGUUUCAAGCUUUAUUUUGGUGUGA